AUGGGCGCUGGAACUCAGACGCACCUCAUCUUCCCUCGGCGAGCCAUUCCUGGCGUGUCUUGGUCGCCACCCCUGGAGCGUGCAGAAGUUCCACAGCCCAAUCCUGAGGCCUCACGGGAGUUCGCUUUCAAGCUGGCUCAGAGGAAGGCAGCUCUCGAGGCAAACCCACAGUCGCCUCCUUCCCCAGAAGCUGCAAUGGGGCCACGGGACAGUCCCAGCAGUUCUACACACACCUCACCUCAUGCCUCUCCAAGGUCAGAAGGUUCAGUAUCUGAGAGUGCAGACGAACCGGCACCGGCGCAAGCAGCUGGGCCCGCCUCGAUUGGAUCCUUGAUCCAGAAGUUUGAGCGCGCCAACCAGGCAGAUGCGCAGGACGCCCAGCAAGCCAAAGUGGUGGCAGCGGCUGAGAAGGAACAGCAGCAAAGUGGCUUCCAGACUCCUUCAAAGGCCGCAGCGCCGGCGCCGAUAAUGACAUGGUACAGGGCAUGCGUGAGCGCUCCUGAAACGCCGCCGGCACCAUUUCUGAGCGAAGAUGAUGCACCACCGGACUCCGCAAGGAUCGCCGCGCACCGGGCGCCCCUGCCCGCUUCCAAUCUUGGCGUGGCAAGUGCAGCGGACAAGCCACCGAGCAGCAAGGCACAGGAGGAAGAGUCCUCUUCGGCAGGGGACGUUGACGAGCGGCCGUCUCAGCCCAGCGAUGCAGCGGAUUUAGAUCCGCCGGCCUCCGCGAGGAUCGCCGCGCACCGGGCGCCCCCGGCUGCUUCCACUCCUGGCGAGGCAGUCCCAAUUGCCGAGCCUCUGAGCAGCAGUACACAGGAGGACGAGUCAUCCCUUGACGUUGAAGAGCCGUCGUCUCAGGCCCGCGAAGCAGCUGAUGCAGAGCCGGCGGCUGCAGACAUUACCGCACAUCGGGCGCAACGGACUGAGGCCGAUGUUCUGGAGGAUCUGACUGGCGUCAGGCAUCUCAUCAGCAAGGAGGAGGUCAAGCAGGGUCCUGCCGUCCUGGCUACUGGCAGCCCUGGGCAGGAGGCUCUGGAAAGCAGGAGCAAUGCCGGCAGCGGGAGUCUAGAGCCUCCGGCAGGUUCUGGGGAGACAGGAAGGGAAAAUAUGCCCCAGGACACCAUGGAUGAGCAGAAAGCUCAGCCUCAAGGCAGCAGGGGCUGCGAGGAUCUGCCUCAUGUGAGCGAGAAGCAUUUUGAUGGCGACUUUGCGGGGGCCUUGGCGGCUGAAGCGGCUGAUCUGGACGUCUGGCUGCUGCCGCGGGAGCCCAGCGCGCAUAGCAUGCCACCGGUGACAGGGAACGCCGUGCUGCAGACGCCAAACAUCUCGCCGCGCACCCCGGAGGUGACCCGCGAGAGCGUGACCGCACCGAUUGAACGAAGCUCCCGGCUGUCACGGCUGAACAGCGCGGCGCCAGGGAAACCUGCCGGGGGGUCUUCCACACAGCAGCACAGUGCAGGCGCAGAGGGGGUGGGGAGUUCAGGCGGCAGAGCUGAGGCGGAUGGUGGUGGGGAAAACGGAAUUGGGCCGAGCCGGAAAGCCGAAGAGCAGCUGGAAGCCGUUCGGCAGCUGGCGAAUCAGGCGGCGCGCGUUCAGCGGCGUGCGCGUCGCUUGUUGAAUGGCCGUGACCGCCAAAAGGGCGGGGACGAGUCAGCGGCGAGUCAGCCGGCGGACGGGUCGAGGAAGCGAGCGUCCAACACUUCGCCGCCGCCGAAACGCGCGCGCAGGAAGGAUGCUCAGCGCGUCAGGACCCCUUCACCAGAGAAGGUGAACCAGCUGCUGUCGGACGUGGGCGCGGUGUCAGAGGAGCUGCACCGGCGCUCUAGCCGGCAGAGCGCACACGCUGCCUUCUUGGACGAGCUGCAGAGCGGCAUCGAGGCCGUGCGCACUCGGCUGCGCACCCCGGCCGCAUCUUCGUCCUCAGACGCCGAUACCCCUACACACCCUGCGCGAUUCACUACUGAGCCGCCUGCAGCGCAGCCCGCACCCACGCCAGAUCCUACUGCUGCGGUUGCCACUGCAACAGGGCCGAGCAACGCGACGCAGGAAGGGCAGGGCUCUGUAAGCAUGCAGCAAGAGGAAGCCUCUGCCAGCCCGCAAGCAGAACAUAGGCAGCUAGUGCUGGCGAUACCAGGCGGGACAGUGGCAGAUCAGAAAUGCGACAGCGGGCCGGACAGGGUGGCAGAGGCGGCUGCCCGGGCUGAGCGCGCGAUCGCGGCGCGCGAAUCGGCGGCGGCCGCGGCGGCCGUGGAGGGAACGCUCAGCGCGGCUGCCCUGCAACGCAGCGCGCUUGAUUUGGCGACGCUGUCCACGACGGCGCUGACCGCGUCCAUGUGCCUGCUGGUCAGCGUGGAGCAGGGUGUUGAGGUGAGCUUUCGCGCCUGCGAAACCAUCUGCAGCACGGUGCUGGCUCGGGUGCCCUUUGGAUCUGCACUACUGGGCACUGGUAACGGGGACGGACCAAGGGCGCAGCCGGCGUUGGCGGUACGGGCGAUGCGCGGGGGAAUACGGAUCGCCUACGGGGCGGCUGGCACCGUAAGCGGCGUCAGCGCGGGGCUGCUCGGAGCUGGGGCCCCCCGUUCCCUCCCCUGGCGACAUUAG